AGUUGUAAAGGGGUCAGGAGCCAGGCAAGGAGAGCCUGAACAAGAGGAGCAUUUUCCUGGGUUCUUCCAGCUGUUCUGUUCAAUCCCGCCGUCAGUUCUGAGCAGGGAAGAGAGACUGUCAACACAAAUAAGGCAUUUUUCAAAGGCGUAAAUUAUGAGUUCCCAAAACAAUGCGACAUCUCAACCACAUGGAGAAGUGGAGAGCCCCACAGCUGGAGCAGAUGUGGCUGUUAUUGGAGGUGUGAUUGCUGCGGUGGUGUUUGUCCUCAUUUGCCUGCUGGUGGUGAUGGUCCGGUACAUGUACAGGCACAAGGGCACCUACCACACCAACGAGGCCAAAGGGACUGAGUUCGCCGAAAGCGCGGAUGCCGCUUUGAAAAAUGACCCCGCUCUCCAGGAAGCAGUGGAUGAGAGCAAAAAGGAGUAUUUCAUCUGAGAGGCAAGGAUUUCCAUGGAGACUUCCCAAGGGAAUCAAUCAGAAAUACAAUAUCAACAAAAGUGCUAAGAGAUGGAUAAUAUGAGGAUACAGGCAAACAUCCUAAUUGAAAAGUAUCUCUUUACUUUUUUUUUGUCACUGAGUUGUUUCUUUUCUUCUAGCAGAGAAGAACUAAAUGCCAGAUACUUGCCUGUUGAUUUUAUUAGCAACACAGCUGGCCACAGUUGAAAUCAAUAUAAGAUAAGAAGAAACAAAAUCUCAGUAUGAGUGAUACACCAAAACCAGAUAAAGAUAGCAAAUGUCAAGCCUUGACAUUUGGUGAAAAUAGCAGAUGCCAAAUGAAAACAUCCUCUUAGAGUUAAUGAUGCAUCCUAUUCUGAUAUGAUGAAGAACUACCUGAAAUUGAAUUUCAAAUUGUAACAGAACAAACAUUAAAGGUGAUAUAGCUUGAAAAAAAAUACAUCUGUAACCCAGAUAUCCCCUCCAUCCCCUCAAAUGUGCAUUUUUAUUGGCACGGGGGAGUUUAUUUUGUUUGUUUGGGGAUUUGCCCUGGGACUUUUUUAAUUUUUGAAUUUUAUAUAUAUAAAAGAAUUGAAAACACUUCAAAGAAAUAAAACUCUUGGAAAACAUGGAAAAGGUAAGAGUGAAGGAUUUAUUACUGACUUUCUUUGCAUGGCAGCUUGAGAACUGCAAAACGUUGGAUUUUGCAAUAUAGUAUAUAAUAGUCAGUAGAUGUACAAAUAUGAUUCCAAUUAACCUGUAGCUCUUCUGCACACAUACGUAAAUAGAUAUUAAAAGGUAAAGAAUCCUGGUUUGAGCAGGUCCUUUGAAACAAUGGAGCUCAGCUACAUUUUUUUCGUGUAAGAUAUUUUUGCCUCAAUAUUUAUUUAUUUAUUUUGCAUCAGAAAAUUCUCUGAGUGCUUGCCAGCAGGAUUGUGGAUUUUUGCAGGGAAAAGAAUUCAGUUCUGGUGCAGAUAUGAGUUCAUCUUUCACAAAUGCAACCCUAUGACUGUCACUAUAAAGAAGCUUGUUCGUCUGCACCCCACUGGCUUUAUUUCUCACUCUGUAUGGCUUCUGUCUAGCUUCUGCUGUGUGCUAGACCAGAGAAUUACACUGACAUCAAUGCUUUAUUAUAAAUAGAUAGAUAAAUAAAUAAAAUAAAAUAGAUUAUUCAUGGUGGGUCACAUAAAAAGGUCUUAUUCCUCACCUAAGAAUCACUGGUGAUGAGUUACUUUAACCCAGUAAGCUGGCUUCCUAAUUGAAGCCCACAUUUACCUCCAGAAAUAGGAUAAUUGUUCUCUGCACCUGCUCAUUCACAGCUGUCACGGUGCCCCGGACUACUGAAAAUAGAGGUGGAGAAAUACAAGAUAACAAAUAAAAUUCUGAUGAGCUCUGCUCAAGUUGAUAUACUUUUUCCUGUGCUUUGAUCUAUAUGUGUGUACAUAUAUAUAAAGACAUCUACAGCUAUGCUUUCAAGACACUGUUGCUGAUCACUUGCUCUCACUUCUUGGCACCAAAGCUUGGAAAGCUCCUGGACUCCGGUGUUCAUUACUGACACUGGUCUCAAAAAUACUGUAAGAGAUCUGAGCAAGGCAAGACUUUGGGGACACAACAAAAGAAUGAGAUAUUUUUGUCUUUCAAUCACAAUCUCAGCAUUUUGUCAGUACUUGAAGAAGUACUGAAUUAUUUUUAUACUCUGAAUUAUUUUUAGAAUCCAAAUAUCUUUAAUUUUGAAUCUUAAAUCCGCAUGUCUUAGCAUUUUAACCAAAGAAUGUGAAACUCGUGCCAAAUUUAUUAAAUGCUCAAGGUAAUUUCUGUAACAUACGAUUGCAGAACCACCUUGUAUUCUGUGGCUAGUACAGAAUAAAAUGCAUAAAACAUAGUAGUGACAGAGCUCAAAUAUUUUGAUAUUAUGCACCUGACCAUCUCCUUUUUAGACCCAUUAAUAUUUUAAUCAUUUUACUACUUUUGAAAUAGGAACUAUUUUAUUUCUCCAGGACAAGUUUUAGAAAAAAAUCACUGAUCUUAACUGUAAGACUGAGUUUAUAAAACUGAAGACUCAUGACCCUCCAAUUCAAUAAAAAUGUAAAUAUUUCCUCUGAAAAAGAUAACUGGGGUGACUUGAGCUCUGCUGCCUCUACCACACAAAGUGUGGAAACACCAAAGAACUUUCCUCCAGGCCUAGCAGGACCUAAAGAGGACUACCAGCCUUUUUCCCCUUUCAUACAUUCAGAACAGGUAUCAUUAUUACACCCAUUAAAGAAAAUUUACUUUAGAGAAAAUUGUGAUGGACAUAGGAAAUAAAUUCCUGCCUCUUUCCCCAAUCACGAAAUUCUGGCUUUUGCAAGUUGAGCCUGCAGAUUUUAAUUAGACCCCUGUGUCAUACCUGUUACACACAGGAACCUGACUUAGUGUUUCUUUUGGUGUGGGUGUGAGUUUUUUAAAUAUGAGAUAGACUUAGACAAAGUUUCACACUGGAAUUGUAGAAGCCAGAUUUUCUGGUGGUAUAGCAUGAGUUCGGAUGAGCUCAGCCCAUUCUUAUUAGUUCAGUCAGCUUCAGACUUUGUGUCACUGCUUCCCUUAAAUCUCAAAUGAAUGCAAUUUCUAGUCUCUGACUAUGUCUCUUCUUAGUAGCUUAAUUAACAAUCUUUAUCCCAUUUUCCCUAUUUAUGUAGGCUGACAAACAGUCCAAGCAUUCAGGAACAGCUUCCCUAUUGGUAAAGAGCCGCUUUGAAUAGUUGGGCAGCAGCACUUCUGUAAUGAGCUGUGAUUUCAGUGAAUUUAUUUCUUUAUUGUCUCCUUCUGGGUUUCAGGGCCUUGUGUAUUUAGAAAUUACUCAAGCACACUCAACAGAGAGAAGAAAUGGUUUGUGGAGAUUUUCGGGUUUUCUGUUUUCUUCAGGAAAAACUUUGCUUUGCAAUGAAGAAAGAUCAUGAUAUCUAGUGACAGACAGAUUCUAAUGGCCUUAUCUUGCUGGUUUUUACUCAGACAAUAACUCUACUGUCUCAAGUCAUUCAAUUUAGUUGUAAAAAGAGUGCAUUACAAAUUUCUUAUAACAUUUGCAACUAAUUAGCAAGCAGCAUGCUGUGCUAAAACAAAUAUUGUGUACAACUCUGAGACAUCUUUGUUGGCAGACGUAACUUUUCAUCACUGAUGGUUAAAUGAUUUUUAAAAUUUGCUUCCUGAAUAGAAUAAUUAAUGAAACCGAUUCUUCUUCCCCCACAUACUUUUAUGUGGGGUCCCUCUAAUGUUGUGGCCUGUUGUCCUGCAGCUUUUUGGUGCCUCAUCAUCUCAGCUGUGCCUGCUGUUCUUGCUUGCAGACCCCCAGCUCCCAUCUGGAUCUCUACUGCCAUCUCUAUGGCAAAGGAUUAGCCAUUUACUUAUGUAUUUAUUGAUCUAUUUUUAUCAAUGAAGGCACUCUCUGCUAGCCAAUAAAAAAUUUCAGAAUGGUUUUAGGUUUGGAUGGCCAAUCCUAUGUCAAUUUUGAGCAAACCUGACCAAUCUGACUUGAGACAGAUUUACAGAGUGAUCACAUAUACCACAUUUUCACAAACAGUUCUAAAAAUAGCACUGCAAGUUCUGUAGUUGUUAAAUUUAGUGCUAUAAAUCUCCAGUGAUCAUCUCCAGUGUUUCUCCCUAAACAAGGGAGUAUUAUGAUGAUCCCUCAAGCCAACUUGAUUUUGUCCUCAUGCCAUAAUGCCCUGUGAAAACUUGUUGAAUCCCACUUUGCAUAGGAAGUCAUAGGUCCACUUUUACAAGAAUAAGUAACUCAUUUUUCAAUGAUGUAUGGGAAAGCAGUGCACCAAAACUACCAAUAUUUGCUGAAGUUGGCAGACAAAAAAUAAUUAUGAACCUGUAGGAAUGCAGGAUAUUCUUUUAAGAUAUAUGGAAAAGACAAGAAUUAAAUGUAUUAUUUCUGGUGACAUUAGUGAGCUUUAAGAGUGGGUUCAUGAAGCUUUCAAAUUCCUUCACUGAUAAAAAUAACCCCUUGCAAAGGGAAAUAAAUAUCCUUUUAAACCAUUUCUUUUUUGUCAGCCUUUGAAAAAAGUUUUUAUGGAUUCAAUAUUCUGACAUUCUGCCGUAACAUCUGGAGCUCAAUUUCUUCUAAUUUUAUGAGCAUAACUGACAGUCCUCCCCUGCAAAAAAAUGACUGCUUGCCCAUCUCAACCUCUGAAGCAUCAUUACAGCUCAGCAGAGUAAUUCUGUGCAAAAGAAGUCAGUCCCAAUUGUGUAUCUGGCCAACCAGACCAUGGACCAUGUACUUUUUCUGGAGCUUGGCCUUUAUUUUUCCAGGUUUUCCCCAGGUCCAAUACACCAUUUCACAUGAAUACAGACCUGAGGAGAAUUUAGUCAGACACUUGUCAAGGAAAAAAGACACAUAUACAUAUAUGUAAUUUUAUUUUUUUUUAAUUUUAGAAUGCCAAAUCAUAUUGGGAUACUAUUAAAAAUAGAACUGUGGGAUUUCUUAGAAUAUCAAGUUUUCUCCUAAAUUAAAUUUAGGUAUCAUGAGGGUGCAUCAGUACUUGGAAAUAAAAAGGAUUAUUUUCUUUCAACAAGGAAGGCAGACAAAGUGCUGAAACAUUUAUAGUUCCAGGAUAAGCAGGAACGGACUGAACUAUUUAAAGCCUGCAAGAAUCCCUCACAGAACAGAGGAAACAAUGAGACAAGAUGCUGAGAAAAUCAGAACAAAAGUUUUUCUUCAAACAAAAUAGAUAUUCCUGUUUGGAGAAAUCAGUGUAUCUGCUUACCAUAACUGCUGACAAAAAAUGUCUUUGAAUUAUAUGAGAUGUUUUCUCUGAAUUAAAUGAGAUGUUUGGAUUCCUUGUGUGUGCAAGUCCAAUCAAAAAAAUAUGGUACAUACACACCAACAGAACACUCACAUUUAAUGCAUUAAAAGCUGUUUAUUGCAUUUUCUAAAAUCUCUUCUUCUUCACAUGAGAAAUCUUUGUAUAUUUAGAAAGUGCAGAAGCCUCACAGCAGCAGUUCAUUCAGGACAGAUUAUUAAAUAUCUGAAUGAGCAAUGGACCCACAUCUGAUGUCUGGAAAUUUGGGUAAAUAAAGGAAGUUAACAAUAUCAAAUUAAAACAUAGAUGGUGAGCAAAAUUUCCAACCAUAUUACAAAGAAGUUAAAUAUUUGUUGUAGUAGAGAUCCUUCUCUAAUUCAAGACAGUAGUAUUGUAAGUGACAAAAAAUAAGGAAUCCUUAUUCAGCGUGCCUUUUCCCUGUGUGGUUGGGACGAAAUCCCUCUGAAUUCAGUGGGACAAUCAUUUUAUUGAUCAUAUUUAUCCUUCCUGCAAAAAAAUUUGUAUUCCCACGCAUGUCAAAAAGAAACACAUUAAAUUAAAACACAAUCUUUGUAAGUGCUGACCUUUCAGCAUAACUUCUUGCCUUCACACCUUUUCUGUUUCAAACUGUAUGUAUAAUGGAAAGCAUCUGAUAUGUUGUACUAAAGUCUAUUCAGAUUGCAGCAUUGCUAUGAGAAGAACAGAGAAAAAGGACAUCCAAAGCUUACUGCUGAUUUUAUGUUAAAGCUGACAAUAAUGUUUGUAUUUGCCAAAGAUAUUAAUACCCUGAUGAAGUAAAUCUACUAUAUUUUGAAUGGAAAAAAUAUCGAGAAAUUAAAAACUUUAUAAUUAAAGUUGUAAUUUUCAGCAUUU